GAUUCAAUAAAGAGAUUUCAGAGGGAGACUGAUGUGACAGAAAGUAGUUCUGAUGAUAGUCAGGUAGAUAGUACAGAGGAGUUAAUUGAUUUACUGGAAGGAUAAAUUAGCCUUGGAUAUUUCUAUUUAUUUGGGAUAAAGGACUUGGAUAAAUUAUGAAACAAGCAAAAAUAUAUGAAAGAAGUUAUAUGGUUAUUUAUUGGUUUAAAAGACAAAUUUGAGAUAUUUGUUGGAUGGAAUAGUUUAUUAUUGGAUAUGAAUGUUGGCUAUUAAUGGAGUGACUAUGGUUUAAGAAUGGAAAUAGAUAUUGGUUAUUGUAAUGUAUGUGGGUAGACUUAUGCUACCACAAUAGAGGGUAGAUUUCGUACCUGUCUUUGUCGAUCGAUUAAAUGCAAUACCGAACGGACGUGUUUCAGUGAUCUCCUCAUAUCCUGGAUUCCCUGGGCCCUAAGCAGAUAUUUCUCAGUGGCGACGAGAACAAUUGGACACUAGUGCAUUUUAAAAGUGUAAAGUUCGUGAUAAACAGUGUACGACAUGCCUGUGGGAAAAGUCGGACCGUUUGACCUUGUCAAUGACAAUUGGGAGCUGUAUGUUGACCGUUUAGAACAAUAUUUCGUUGCAAACGAUGUUAAAAACGAAGUGAAAGUGGCUACACUAAUAACAGUGAUGGGCGGAAAUGCGUAUGAACUUAUGGUGAAUUUGUGCACACCAGCGAAACCGGCGAGCAAAACAUAUGACCAGCUGGUCGCGCUGAUGAAAGGUCAUCUAAAUCCAAAGCCGAGUUUGCUCGCAGAACGUUUUAAAUUCCGUCAACGUGUGCAAAAGCGUGAUGAAAGUAUUGCGAACUUUGUAACGGAUCUUAAAAAAUUAAGUAAGGACUGCAGUUUCGCAGGGGAUAGCUUGAAGGAGAACUUGAGGGAUCAGUUCGUGUGCGGCCUAUUAAACGACGACAUCAGACAGAAGCUGUUCACGGAGGACGACACGAUCACGUUCGACCGGGCGUACAAGCUCGCCGUGUCCAUGGAGGCGGCCGAGGUCAACGCGGCGCUAGUAGAAGACUGUGCUCGGAAUCGAACCAGCGACAGUAUACCAGCGGCGGGCGCGACGACAGCCGUGCAUCAUUUGGGGCGGGCGAGCCGGGGCCGGGCGGCGGCGGACGGCGGUCGAGCGGCGGGAACAGCGGGCCGCGGGAAGAUAACGGUCGGCGGCGGUCCAAGCGCCAUGAGCGGAGCGGGCAGCGGAAAGAUGCGAGGCUUCGGUCAAAAUAAUAAUAUGGAUUUAGAUGGAACGUGUAAGGGUGCGGAUUAAAGCAU